AUGGGGAAGGCCGCUCGGGCCAGACGGGAAGCCGGUCGCCUCGCCCCCACGUCCUCCCAAGGAAACGAACACGUGCUGCUGUUUCCUGAUCAUCUUUGUGAUCGUCAUCGCCGCCAUUGCCGGUCUCGUCGCUAUUCUGAUCGUCACCGGCGCGAUCGGCCCCGAGCCGCCAGAGGAGACCAAAAAGUCAUAGGUGCGUCUCCUCGAUCAGCAACGUCAGACCGCUCGCCACCACCAUCAACAAGCAAAUAUCGAUCGUUUUUCGUGUAUCCUAUCGCAGCCCUUUUUUCUGAA